AUGACGUCUGGAAUCUCCAUUGAACUGUUAGUACAGCACCCCUUAUAUAAGCAUCUCCUAAAGUUUGCACAGUCAGCUGAAGGGCGGGAAAAAAUCUUACGUUUACUACAGUACCUAACGAGAUUUCUCAGGUAUUGGAAGUUUAGGGCCAUUUUAUCACCUCAAUUUGCAGCCCUAUUACCCUCUCUACAGGCAAGUUUCACCUUAUGUCGUAAACCACUAAGGUUUUUAAAGCCUUUGAAUCAUUUGAACUUGUUUACAAGUUGUAUAAACGACAAGUUAUCGGAUCCCGUACUGAGAUACUCCGAAGCUAUAAAGCAAUUUGGACUUUUUUGGUUUUUCACGUUUGAUACAAUUGUGUGGUUGAAGAUGUUGGGUCUAGUUGGUGGAAGAGGGGUCAACGAGUCCUUGGGACAAUCGAAAUGGGUGGUCAAUGCAGGCAAAUAUUCUGCCAUGAUGUGGUGCCUUGGGCUACUUGGAGGCUUGGUUAAGAAUUUGAAACAAUUUCAUGUUUUGCUUUUAAGGAGAUUGAAUGAAGACAAGACUGAGAUAACUCCAAAAGUUCGGAUUAUCCAACCAUUUGAGAAAGUUUGCAAAGAUUUCAUCAAGAACGUGCUAGACUUUGUCAUUGCAUUCAACCUUUACAAAAACAAGGGUUAUAAUGAUGGUAUCAUUGGAAGUUUCGGUACAAUUACAAGUAUCUUGGCAAUCCAAGACAUAUGGAAUUUAUGCUAG